CUUUUUCAAGAGCCCUCCAGAAAACUGUCUCCAAAAGAGUUUUGAAAACCCUCGUUGUGCUUGUUGUCUUCCUGCCUCUGUGGACGUACAUGCAAGCCAGUCUAACGGUGAACCGAAGCUUGGUGUUCAUUCGGUCAGCAGACGAUGGAAACGUGCGCGCAGAUGAUAACGUGGCAACAGAGUCGGCGGAUGCAGUACGUUGUUCCCAUAACUGUGGUCACUCUGGAACGACAGAGAGCGGCUCGAUUACUUCUUCCUCUGAACCUUUGUCAAGGCAGUUCUCUACACCUGCAGUGACAGAGGAAGUUCUCCGCAGGCACCGUGAUGACGUGAUGCCUUUCUGCGAGAACCCUACCCGGAGUUCUGCUCCUCGAUGGCCAUCCAAGGAACCGGUGACCGCCCAGGAGUUGGCAGAGCGAUUUCCCAUGAUGCAACUAGGAGGCCAUUACUCCCCCAGUAACUGCACGCCACGAGAGAAGCUAGCCAUCCUGAUUCCUUACAGGAACCGCAGUGUUCACCUCCACACCCUGCUCCCAAACCUGAUACCGAUGUUGAUCAAGCAGAACGCAGAUUUUACCAUUUUUGUCGUGGAGCAGGCUAUGCCCACCCGCUUCAACAAAGGCGUUCUGUUCAAUGCAGGCUUCCUGGAAGCUCUCAAACUGGGCGAUUUCGACUGUUUUAUCCUGCACGAUGUGGACAUGAUUCCACUCAAUGACGCAAACACGUAUCAGUGCAGGUCGGACGGACCAGUCCAUUUUAUGGCAGGGGUGAACAAGUUCCAUUAUGGAUUGUCUUACUCGUGGCUACUGGGCGGUGUCCUGGGCUUCACAAAGGACCAGUACAAGGCUGUCAACGGAUUCUCCAACCUCUACUUUGGCUGGGGAGCUGAGGACGACGACAUGUUCUUGAGACUCAAGAAAAAACGGAUGGACUAUCACAGGAAGGGCAAAGACGUCGGCCUCUACGACAUGAUUCGCCAUAGCCGGGACAAAGGGUGGGAACCCAUAAAUUCCAGAUUCUCCAUCACCCACUUCAGUACUCGUAGAAUCGACGAUGAUGGCCUCAACACCGCCGUGUACUCACGCACCAGCCUGAGACAGCUGCCUCUGUAUACGUGGAUCAGAGUCUUUGUCGACAUGAAGCAAGUCUAUGAGAAAGCACCCGAGUACAUGAAGGACGUGAUAGAGAAGGCGAGUCGAGAAAACGCUGCACUGUUGAGUCCUGGGUCUGUGGAAGAUCACUGAGAACCAUAGAUCAUGUUUUACGUUCAAAUAAUGAUGGUAUACUCACGAUUGCAUGUUCGAAAAUUCGAAAAAUAUCGAGUUAAGAUGGAGCUAUUCAACUACAUCCCCAUUCCCAUUACAUACAUGUGUAUACAUAUGUGCGCCGGCACACUCUCUCUGUCUCUCUGUCUCUCUGUCUCUCUGUCUCUCUGUCUCUGUCUU